CCCUUCAUUUCUACUCACCCCAUUCUUGUGUUAACAAGGAUUUCUCUUCUCAAUCUCACAAUUUCUCUCAUCUCUAUCUCCAUUCUCUCUAAUUGCUCAAGUUGUUUACUAUAUUUGUGCAAAUUGUUCUUAUAAUUUACUUCAAUUGUCUAUCAUAAUCAUCCGGUCAUCCCUCACUACUCUUGUUAUACUCUCUCUUUAUUUUUCAAUUUGCAAAAAAUGUCUUCAUCUCGUCGUGGUGGUGAUCGGGGCAAGGGAAUUGCCCAAGACCAAGAUCAAAGUGGUCGUCGGAAAUCAAGGCGCCCUAGUCGUCGUGAGGUUAUGGAUGAGGUUUCCCGACAAACCGCUAUGCGUUUGCAAGCCGAAGAAGAUCAUAGGGCUGCCAUGGUACUUAGCAACAUGAGCGGCGGCGAAGGUUACGAGUCUUAUCACUCUUAUGGUAACGUGAAUUUAUCAUCCGACGACGACGGUGGUAAUGGUGGAGGAUCUGCACAAUAUCCUCCGACGAGCGCCGGACAAGUUGGUGAAAAUGAUGAAGCGGUUCCUCCUCCUGAAACUCAAACCGAGCGGGGUAAGGCUAAUAAGAAGGCCUUGAAAUCGGAUAUUUUUGUUAAACAUUAUAAAAAAGUCCCGGUACUAGAUGCAACCACUCAAAAAGAGACCAAUGAAUUUGUCGCAUAUUGUAACUAUUGCGAUAAAUCCUACCCCUUUUUUGCCGGUGGGGGCUAUGGUACUCUCCAUCGUCAUUUAAAGGCAAAGCAUCCGAUCGAAUAUGGGACCGCCAAAUCCCAAACCCAACUAAACUUCCCGUCCGGUGCGUCUGAAACAACAGUUGGACGUUGCACAAGCGUUUGAUUGGUUUUAGACAAUUUCCUACGCCACACACCGCACCCGCAAUUGCUGCUUUAAUUAUUCAAGUUUUGAAUGAAUAUAGAUUGUGCAAUAAGGUAUUUUCUGUUGGUUUUGAUAAUGCAACCGCUAACACUGCAAGUAUUGCCGACUUAAUUGCGGCUUGUGCCCCGGUUAUAAAUGGUAAGUACUUUCAUCAAAGAUGCAUUUGUCAUAUUUUAAAUUUAUGUGUACAAGAUGCUCUUUCUUUGUGGCAAAAACAUGUUGAUCCUAUUAGAACUGCCGUAAAUUUGAUCCAUUGGAAGCCUCACAUUGGUAAGGCUUGGAAGAAAUAUUGUCAUCAAAAGAAGAUCAGGUACACAAAUUUUACAAUUGAUGUGUCUACUAGAUGGAACUCCACAUAUGAUUGUUUGAACUCUACUUUGGAGCAUAUAGAUUAUUUGAUUGAUUUUUUUAGGACUUAUCCCGUUCCUGAUUUAUAUUUAUCGCAUGCAUGUUGGGAGCAAAGCAUGAGUUUGUUUAAAUUGUUCAAAGGUUUCAAAAAUGCGACUGUUGAGUUAUCGGGUGUUU